AUGCCAGUCCUCCAAGAAGUCUCCGACGAAGCCCAAUUCAACUCCCUAAUCCAAUACGCCAACCCCACAACCCUCGCCAUCCUCUACUUCCACACGCCCUGGGCCGCGCCCUGCGCGCAAAUGCGCACCAUCCUCGAAACCCUCGCCUCCACCUACCCUUCCUCCUCAGAUAUCACAUUCCUCUCCAUCAACGCCGAAGAACUCGCCGACGUGAGCGAGUCAUACGACGUAACGGCAGUUCCCUUCCUGGUGUUGCAGCGCGACGGGAAGGUGUUGGAGACUGUCAGCGGCAGUGAUGCCGCGAAGGUGCGCGCUGCGGUGGAGAAGCAUGCUGGAUCAGGUGGUGCACAGGGGAAGGCGAAGGUGCCGCCGCCGCUGAGUGCGGAUCCGAGUGUUGCUCCAAAGGCGAAGGUGGACAAGGAGGAGGGGGAGACGGUGAACGGGCAUGGUGAGGCGAAGACUUUUGGCGCGUAUAAGCCGGACGAGGGUCAGACGAACGGGAGCCCGAAUGGGGAAGUUGAUAAGGCGGAGUUGAACACGCGGUUGGCGAAUUUGGUUAAGGCUGCGCCGGUCAUGCUCUUCAUGAAAGGCACCCCAUCGGCGCCGCAAUGUGGCUUCAGCCGCCAACUCGUCUCCCUCCUGCGCGAGAACUCAGUCAAAUAUGGUUUCUUCAACAUCCUCGCCGACGACGACGUCCGCCAAGGCCUAAAAGAAUACUCCGACUGGCCCACCUUCCCCCAACUAUACACCAACGGCGAGCUCGUGGGCGGACUAGACAUCGUCAAGGAAGAGCUAGAUGCUGAUCCGGAGUUCUUUGAUGCGUUCAAGGCGAAUGGGAGUGCGGUCGCUGCUGGAGCUUAG